AUGACGACUAGUACUCCUAUCCGAGUGUCUGUCAUUUUCUUAUCGUUCCAUCUGUUGUGCAUGAGUCAGGAUUCAGAAGCAGUCUCAAGCGGUAAGCUGGUCACUUAUCUACCUGGAUUAGCAGUACAACCACUUCCUUUCCAUCUCGAAACUGGGUAUAUUGGUGUUGGCAGCAGAAGUAGUAAAUCCUCAACACAGGACGAUGUCGACGGUUUUAAUCAACUUUUUUACUACUUUGUCAAGUCGGAGAGAAAUCCUAAAGAAGAUCCUCUUGUUUUAUGGCUCACUGGUGGUCCUCGUUGCUCGGAGUUCAGUGCGUUAGCUAUCGAAAUUGGUCCUAUUUACAUUGACAAGGUAGUGCAAUACAACAAUGGUAGUAUACCUACGUUGUCAUUAAAUCCGAACUCAUGGACUAAGAUUGCCAACAUAAUCUUCUUGGAUGAACCUGUGGGCACUGGAUUCUCACAUUCAAAGUCCUCGCAUGAAUCGACAAUCGGAGAUCUCGAAUCAGCUGAAAAUACUUAUGAGUUUCUUAUAAAGUGGUUGACUCAAAAUCCUGAAUUCCGAUCCAACCCACUUUACAUUUCCGGUGAUUCAUACUCAGGCAUAAUAGUCCCAAUUAUAGUUCAAGAUCUGAUCAGAGAUAUCGACAAUGCAAAGUACCCUUUUCUAAACUUUAAGGGUUAUACGUUGGGAAAUCCGGUUACUGACGCUCGAAUGGAAGAAAAUGCAAAAGUACAAUUUGCGUAUAACUUGGGUUUCAUAUCUUAUGAACUCUACCAGUUAAUCUCAGGAAUAAAUCAAAAUCAAGUCAUGGAACCACUUUGUAAUAACAGCCUCAUUACUAUCCCACAACUUAACUGGAUGACAAACUAUAGAAGGAGAAGAGUGUUUUGGACUGGAAUUUACUUACAUUGUUAUGUAUUCGAAAAAAAAAAUUAUGGUUCAGUGUUGUUUGAGUAUUGGGCAAACAAUGAUGUGGUUCAAAAAGCACUCCAUGUUAGGAAGGGAACGAUUAAAAAAUGGGUUAGGUGCAACAGUGAUUUACAAUAUAAGAUGGAAGUUACAAGCAGUAUAGAAUACUACCAGAACAUAAGCUCCAGAGGUUACAGAUAUCUCAUCUACAGUGGUGACCAUGACAUGAUGGUUCCACAUAUAUCGACGAAAGCAUGGAUAAGGUCACUUACCAACUUGACCAUAGCAGAGGAUUGGCGUCUAUGGAACGUGAAGGAACAAGUUGCAGGGUACACAGUGACCUUUUCUAAUGGCUUAACAUAUGCUACUGUUAAGGGAGGUGGUCAUACAGCUCCAGAGUACAAACCAGAAGAAUGUUAUGGCAUGUUUGAGAGGUGGAUUUCAAAUACUCUGUUGUGA